AUGUAUUCUUGGAAAUAUAACAGUAAAGCAUUAAAUUCUCUACACCCACAAUUAGCACCAUAUUUCAUAUUCAUGUCAAACAUAAAUUCGGGUUAUACCAAUGAUGGUAUGUCUGAUAUGCCCAAGAGUAAUACACCGAUAUCUGACUCAAUGAAUAGAUGGAAAAUGCCUCGUAUGGGUAUACCGAAUGGCAAUGAGAUGAUUCUACCUAAUCAGAUAGCAGCAGAACAUUUUAAUAUUACUCAGCAAAUGAUUCCUUCUUUUAUUCCGCCCCAACAACAGCAACAAUUGCAAGCUCAAAAUAUGAUGCAGCCUCCAGUAAUGUUAAAUCCAAUAACAAAUAAGAUAAAAAAUAAAAAGAGGAUAAAAAAAAAUGUCACUGUGUUAAAAGAAAGCUCCAGCGAAACUGUUUUUGUUAAUUAUACGGUUGAAGAGAAGAAAACUUCAAAGAGUAAACCAUCAAUAAAUAUCUUGGAAUCAAAUGGUGCUACAUCAAUGCCUGCUGAUUCAACGCCAUCAGCUCCAUCUUCCUCUCCUCCUGGUACAGCUAAGAAAAUGAAUACAAUGAACAAGUCAUUGAAGAGAGAUUCAGCUCCAACGACACUCAAUUUUGGUGGAGCUAGACAGAAUAACAUAUUUCCGAUUGACGAAAUCAAGCCAAGUUCCAAUGAUAAUAUUCGCCCUCAACAAAUUGUUGUAAAGGAUAAAACAUCUAGUAAUGAUUCAAGCCAUGAUGAGAAUGAUGCAAAUAUGGAUUUUAGUAAAAUAUUAGGUAUGGAACGAAGAGGGAGAGUUAUAACGCCGACAACAACGAGGUUCUAUAUGUCUUCUUCAUCGACACCUUCCUCUCCAGCCAUUGGAACACCUUCAUCUGCAUUCUACGCCAAUAGUAUCCAUACCAUAUCUGCCCAAAGACCAUCAUCAGCAGUGAUGCCAAAUUUCACCAAACAUGCGUCAUAUAGUGGAGUAUCACCAUACGCGAAAAGGAUGGUCUCCAAUAAGAAUUCUAUAUAUAAACUACCAAAAGGAACAGGAUCGAUAAGUACAACGACAUUAUCAUCAACUUUAGAAUCUGCUUCAAUGGAUUUAUCGGUUUAUAAUAAUUCUGUACCCAAUAAUGGACAUUCUUACAUUGAUAAUUUCAAUAACAUGAUGGGAAGUAGUCCUAAAGACGGUAGUUUAGAUAGCUCAUUCAAUCAACAGCACCACGGUAGCAUAUCUGACCAGUUAAUUGAUCCUGAGAGGACUGCUGUAUCCUUACCAGCAGAGUACCAUGAACCGUAUUCCGACUCAUUGGAUAUGGGAUUAAUAAUGAGCAUAGGGAUAGAUGAACUUAACCCUCAAACGGAUGAAUCAUUAUCCCAAAAAGUUUCAAUGACAUCUAACAAUAUAUCACGUACAGUCACUGGUAGUACAGUUACUGUCCAAACCAUGAUGGAUGAUUUUGGACUGUUUGAAACCCAAUCAAACCAACCAAAUGAAAUUCAAGCGAUCAACGAUAUGAAAGAUAUUUCUUUUCAUACUGGAAUGGCUCAAAAAAUUAAAGGUGAUAAUCAAGAUGAUGAUCCAAAAUUCGGAGAUAUAGACUUCGAAGACAUUGAAGCUAUAUUUCCCAUAAAUAAUAACUCAUCACCAAUCAAACAAGAACAAUUGGAUGAUAUUUUUAAUAUUCUUAAGUAA